CUUCGUUGUUUCUGGGAUUCUGUCUCUGUCUCGGUGUGUGUCUCUGCGAGGGAGUGUGUGAACUGCUUUCUGUUGGGUUUGGUGGAGUCUCCCACCCCAUCUCCUGGUGGUCUUGACCACAGAUCCCCGGCCGCUACCCGGGUUCAGAGGACCUCCCUGAAGCCGGACGGGUGGGAUCUUGGUCCCCUCCUCCGCUACCUCUCCCCGCGCCUUCCACGCCACCCUCUCCAUUCAUUCCCUAAAAAAAGCUCAAGUUCCCCGGCCUCCGCUUUCCCAGAAGUUGGCGCGGGUUCUGGGGGAGCUGGCUGCAGAAAAUGGUGGGCUCAGCUCUGGUCUGGACGACUCGGAAGACCUGGCAGUUUUCUGAAUGACUGGGCUCAUCUAGAGGAGACUUGCUUUUCUCAUCUGUGAAAUGGCUGCCAUUCAUCCUACUCUGUGCAGGGCCCUGCACUGGGCAUUCACGAUACACAACCCUCAGACGUACUCCUUGGCAUCAAGGAGCUGACAGUUUAGUGGAGCAGAUAAGCUUCUGAAUAGAAGGAUAUCCAAAGAAGGCAUUGGGGAUUAGGCACACCUGGCGGCUUGGGGAAGGUUUGAGAGAGGAAGAGCCUUAAAUUGGGUUUUGGAGGAUGAAUAGGAGGUCAUCAAGAAGAAGCUAAUGGCGCGUUCCAAGGCGGCUGGGCCUGUCGGCCUCUUGUGGCUGGAGUAGCUAGGAGUGAUUGGCGCUUCAGGCUCCAGCUGCUUCUACGGGUGUGUGAAGAACCGGAGCAAGAUGUGAUGGUAGUAGUGGAAUUAUUUGGGCACGUGAGAAAGGGAGAUUAUUUUCUGAUCUUUCUCUGCAAAUGAUGCAAAGUGGUUUACAUUGAAUGAGUGAGUGAGUGAGCAAAUGAAAAAAUAUACAGCCCUGGACCUUAGAAAUAACCAGAUACAUACUUCUGAUUUUAUGCUUGAUAAACAGCGGUCUUUCUCUUGUUCCCUUCACAUGUCUAACUCUUUAAGAGUCUUCCUUCAAAAGUCUCGGUAUGCUAAAUCAGGAUUGGAUGCCAGUGAGUUCUUAUAUGACCUGCCUUGAGUUUUCUUUGACCUAGUCAUGCAAAACCCCUUUUAGGAAAUCACUAAGGCUUAUAUACCAAAACAUAUAGCUUCAAUGCACUUAUCUGGCUGGAAUUUUGUAAUCAGAAGAUCCAGGAAGAUGCUGUUUAAUCCCAGUGCAUUUUUACCUUUGGUAUACUUUACAGUGAGAGGUGCUGUUAGCCGUUUAGCAUCUAGGGUCUCCACAGUUCCUAGUCUGACUGUGCUCUAAACACUUCUGUCUGUGGUAGCAUGUGUUCAUCUUUCAGUUUGCCCAUAGACUUGAUGCUUCUUAAGUUAAAGGGGCUGAGUUUUAACCAUCAUUGUAUCUCCAGAGCCUGGCAUGGAGCUUGGCAGAUAGUAGGUGCUGAGUAAUAUUUAUGGAAUGAAUGAGGAGACUGAGGAGGCCCUCAGAGGAGAAACGUGUUUCUGUCAUUAAAUUUGACAUUUAUCAAGCCUUUAUCUUGUGCCAGGCACUGUGCUAAGUGCUGAACGUGCAACAUCUCAUCUCCUAAAAAACCCAUUUUUCAGAUAAGAAAGUGGAGACAGAAAGAUGAAGCAGUUCAUUUAGCUUUAUAGCCUGCAAGGAGUACUGAGGUUUGGAACUCAAACCUGUGAUCUUUUUUUUUUUUGGCUGCGUUGGGUCUUUGUUGCUGCACGCGGGCUUCAGUAGUUGCAGUGCACGGGCUCAGUAGUUGUGGCUCAUGGGCUCUAGAGCACAGGCUCAGUAGUUAUGGUGCACAAGCUUAGUUAUUCUGUGGUAUGUGGGAUCUUCCCAGACCAGGGAUCGAACCCGUGUCCCCUGCAUUGGCAAGCGGAUUCUUAACCACUGAACCACCAGGGAAGUCCCAAACCUCUGAUCUUAAUCAUUAUUGUCAUAUGGCCCUACAGUCUAGGUCCCGGGCUGAGAUUCCUGGGUAGCAGGGUUCCUGAGUCCUGCUGUGUUGUCAUGGGUCUCCCCAGAAUGCCUCUUCUCACCCACACUUUUUGUUAUUACUGACCUCACCUGUGAGAUGUCCAGUGCACUGUGGAUUACAUUUCCUGUUCAGUCCUAUGGUCAUAGCACUGUUAAAAAUACCAUUCUUUGGAGUCAGAAUUUCUACAUCAUUUUAAGACUCUAUUGGGGAGGGGGAGUAUAUUGUGAUUGGGGGAUAAAAAACUGUGUGGCCAGAUUAUGUCAUUAGUAAUUAAAAAGUCACUUGAGGGCAAGGGCGGCCCGACCCCCCAGGCGGCCAUCCAGAGGCUUCGGGACACGGAGGAGAUGCUAAGUAAGAAACAGGAAUUCCUGGAGAAGAAGAUCGAGCAGGAGCUGACAGCCGCCAAGAAGCACGGCACCAGAAACAAGCGCGCUGCCCGCCAGGCACUGAAGCGCACGAAGAGGCACGAAAAGCAGCUGGCACAGAUCGACGGCACACUGUCAACCAGCGAGUUCCAGCGAGAGGCCCCGGAGAAUGCUAACACCAACACCGAGGUGCUCAAGAACAUGGGCUAUGCCGCCAAAGCCAUGAAGGCUGCCCACGACAACAUGGACAUCGAUAAAGUUGAUGAGUUAAUGCAGGACAUUGCUGACCAGCAGGAACUUGCAGAAGAGAUUUCAACAGCUAUUUCAAAAUCUGUAGGGUUUGGAGAAGAGUUUGACGAGGAUGAGCUCAUGGCAGAAUUAGAAGAACUAGAACAGGAGGAACUAGACAAGAAUUUGCUGGAAAUCAGUGGACCGGAAACAGUCCCUCUACCAAAUGUUCCUUCUAUAUCCCUACCAUCAAAACCCACCAAGAAGAAGGAAGAGGAAGACGACGACAUGAAGGAAUUAGAGACCUGUGCUGGAUCCAUUUAACUGGUCCAGCGCGGGCUGGGCCCAGACAGACUCUGGUGGCCUGCGAGGCGG